ACGAAUUGCAUUUUGAAGAUACUGCAAGAAGGGACUCUUUGUUCAGAACGAUUCGACCCAAAAUGACACCAUUUUGGCCGUUUUUAUUUAAUGAUCCAACUGUCAGCUGGGUUCGACAAGAUGAUAUCAGCCUGACUGAAAGUUUGGAGUUCGAACCUCAGAAGCAGAAAUGGUCAAAGAAAAGGCGAUUGAUUCUUGCCGGCAUUAUUCUGCUUUUCCUGGCUCUUGUUGCAGGAUUAAUCGCAGCCAUUAUUCUUUUAACAAAAUCCGAUACAGUUGAUCCAGUGAAAAGGACGAUAAAGGCGGACCUGUACUUCAACGAAAUUUACAAGAAGGAAUAUGCAGAUCCGGAAAACAAACUAACGAUAGAAAAACGACGGGAAAUUACUGAAACGCACACAUGA